AAAAAGCAUCACAAAUCCAGAACCACAAAAAGAAACAUUGGGAGCUAAGCGCGUGAUGUAGACUAUUCAUAGAAGCGCGUUGGCCUCAAGCUGCUCACAUCACCAAUUCCCAUUUCCCAAAUCCAACUUUCUUCUUCUUCUUCUUCUUCUUCUUCUUCUUCUUCUUCUUCUUCUUCUUCAAAUUAAAACUCUCACUCUCAUUCUCACUUUCUUCUCUUCUUCCAUGCUUUUCUCUCAUAUUCUCUCAGCCAUGUUUUUACUUUUCUACUCCUCAUUCUCCUAGCUUUCCACUUCCAUUUAUGGGCUUUCUCCGCCGCCUUUUCCGUCCGAAAAAACCCCCUCCCAACCUCCCUGACUCCACCCCACACCCCAACAACAACAAGAACAAGCGCUGGAGCUUCGGUAAGUCCGGCCACACCCAUCACUCUCGCCCUUACGCUACCUCCUCCCAACCCAAUGCAUUUGGCCCCUCCUCUUCCUACACCGAACCUCUCGAUGCCAACAAACACGCCAUUGCCGUGGCUGCCGCCACCGCUGCCGUCGCUGAGGCAGCUCUAGCCGCUGCCCAUGCCGCUGCUGAGGUUGUUCGGCUCACCAGCAGCGGUACCACUCACUCUAAUGCUAACCGCCGUUGGAUGGAGGACGCGGCUGCCGUUAAAAUCCAGUCCGCUUUUCGGGGUUAUUUGGCAAGGAGGGCACUUAGGGCACUAAAGGCAUUGGUAAAGCUUCAAGCUUUGGUGAGAGGUCACAUUGUGAGAAAGCAAAUGGCUGACAUGCUAAGGCGAAUGCAGACACUCGUUAGAUUGCAAUCUCGAGCUUGUGCUGGUCGCUCAAACUUAUCGGAUUCUUUGCAUUCCACCAGCAAAUCCUCGCUCUCUCAUAUCCGUGUUCAAGCAACCCCCAGUGGAAUUGGAGAUCAACUCUGUGCUCACCAUAGUAAUAAAUUUGACAACUCGGCACUUCUGAAGAGAUGUGGUUCGAACUCAAACUUGAAGGAUGUAACUGUUGUGGAUGGAGCACCAGUCGGGUCAAGUUGGUUAGACCGUUGGAUGGAAGAAAAUUUGUGGAACAAUCGACAGUUGCCUCUAAAAAAUAUUCAUGCUGUAGAUGAGAAAACAGACAAAAUCCUUGAAGUAGAUACAUGGAAACCUCAUUUGAAAUCUCAAGGAAACAUCAACAGCUUUAAGAACUCUCAAAUGGCUUCAGAUUUUAGAAACCACCAGAGCUUUAUGACGAUUGACUCCCCAUCAAAACACUCGUCAAAGGCUGCAAAUCCAGUUUCGAGUCUUUCCUCGGGGGAAGCGUCCUUGAGCUCCUUAAAAUUUCCAGUUGGGAAAUAUGAACAAGCCCCAGGAACGGCAGAAAAUAGCCCUCAAGUGCAUUCUGCUUCAUCCAGGCGUGGAAAUGCCGCAAAACGAGCUACCUUGUCACCGACAAGAAGUGAGUACGCAUGGGGAUAUUUCAGUGGCUAUGCAGGUUAUCCAAACUAUAUGGCCAACACAGAGUCGUCCAAAGCAAAAGUCAGGUCACAAAGUGCCCCAAAACAGAGGCUCGAGUUAGAGAAAUUUGGAUCAAACAAGCGGUACGCUCAGGUAUCUUGGGAUGCAUGGAGCUUCUCAAACAAUGGUAUCUCCCAUGAACCCAAUUCAUCAAACAAUGCCAAUUCUGUAGCUGAUCGCAUGACUAAGUUUGCAAGUACCAAAUCAAGAUGAUCUUUAUUUGUUUUUGUAACUCCUUUUCUUCUUGGUUAUGCUAUGCUGUGUGUGGGGGUGUGCUUUCUUUCUAUUCUGCAGCAAUGAAAUUGUAAUUAUUUGACCACUUCUGAUGUCUAGUCUACAACUUGUUGACCAUGAACAGCGAUUCUUCCAUGUUUCGAGUUCUACCCAAUGCCUUUGAAAUUUAAAUGGUACUUCAAAUCAUUAAUCAA